AUGGGACACCGGGCCCCACCCACACUCAAGAAGCUGGCAAGAUAGAGGCUGCUGAGGGAGGAGGACUUGACCAUUUCUAUUCUGGAGGACCUGCCUGUGGAGCUGCUCCGGGAGAUGUUUCAGGAGGCCUUCAACGACAGACGUACAAACAUCCUGAGGGCCAUGGUGUCUGCCUGGCCAUUCCCAGACCUUUCUGUAAGAGCCCUGAUAAAGGACUCUGACCUGGAGACUUUGAAAGCUCUGCUUGCUGGACUAGAUGUGCUGAUUAUAGACAAGGGUCAUCCCAGGAGGUCAAAACUCAGAGUGCUUGAUUUGACGGGUGUGGACCAUGACUUCUGGAGCAUUAGAGCAGGAACCCAUGAAGGUGACUGCUCACCACAAGCCGAGAGGCAGGAGCAACCAGUGGAAGUCAGUACUAACUCUGGGGUGAAGAAACGUUUUAAGGUAGUAACUGAUCUUGAACUCAUGAAGGCCAGGUACAAUCAACGUGACUGGUACUUGUUACAGUGGGCCCAGCAGCGAAAAGAUUCCAUUCAUCUAUGCUGUAGAAAGCUGAAGAUUUGGGAUUCACCGGUCUUCGCUGCUGUACAGAUCUUCAAAAGGAUAAAUCUAGACUGUAUCCUGGAGCUGCAGCUGAGUCGAUGGCCACUGGAAUUCAUCAUAGAUCUUUGUCCUUACCUGGAGCAGAUGAGAAAUCUUCACACCCUUGUGCUAGCGGUAAUUUGGAAGCCCUUCAGAUCUGCUGCUUCUGCAGAGCAGGAAUGGAUAAGCAUGUUGCUUUCUCAGAUCUCCAGAUUCCCUUGUCUCCAGAAUCUCUCUGUACAUAAUAUCUACUUUUUAACAGGCUGCCUUGAAAAGUGGCUCAGAUCUCUUCCUAGGUGCCUGAAGACCCCCUUGAAGAUCCUGUCAAUCACUGGCUGUAGGCUCUCCCAGUCAGACUUGGAUUACCUGAGCCAGUGCCUGAACAUCCGUGAGCUCAAACAUCUGAACCUGAGUGGUAUAGAGCUAUCUGAUUCAUGCCCUAAGCUUCUUGGGGUUCUCCUUGAGAGAAUCGCAAGUACCCUGCAAACCCUGGGAUUAGAGGAGUGCAAGAUGAGGGACUGUCAUUUCAAUGCUAUCUUGCCUUCCCUGAGCCAAUGUUCCCAGCUUACUGAGGUCAAUUUCAAAAAUAAUGAUAUCUCUCUGUCUGUCCUGAAGAACCUUCUACAUCAUACAGCCAAGCUGAGAAAGCUGACCCAUGAGAUGUACCCUACCCCUCGGUUAUGCUAUGAGGAAUUUAACCUACUUUGUGCUGAGCUGCUGGAUAUAAUCAGGGCAGAAAGGGAGCCCAAGAAAGUGUCUUUUUAUUCUGCUUGGAAUGCUUUCACUUACGAUUCUAUACCCUGGAGGUCAGACUUUUUUGCCUUCCGUUUUUGAUAAGUAGGAUAAGGUUUCUUCUGGUACUAAAAAUGGAAGCCUAGUGUUGGGAGUGUAUGUAUACUGUGUACAUCCUUGAUUGCCUAUAAUAAAAUGUGCUGAGUUUUAUGGGUUGCUAGUGUGUCUUCAUCGGAGUGCACAGCCCACUUAUUCCCAGCAUUUUAAUACCUGUUUCUUUC